GGCCGUACCGGAGCCGCUUUUAUUCGGAGCAAAAAAGCUCACAAGCUUGAAGGUGAUUCGUUGUUUGGGAGAUUGGGAUAGAGUUUUGGAAAAGAUUGGAAGCGGAAACACUGGUUUUAUUGAAAUCCACCUUGAGAGGCUACAGGUUAGCGAUUUGGGGCUUUCGGGGAUUUCAAAAUUCUCGAAUUUGGAGGUUUUGCGCAUCGUGAAGACCCCGGAGUGUACAAAUUCCGGUCUUAUUUGCGUCGCGGAACACUGCAAGAAAUUGAGGAAGCUUCACAUCGAUGCGUGGAGGACUAAUAGAAUUGGUGACGAGGGUUUGAUUGUUGUGGCCAAACAAUGCCUUAACCUGCAAGAGCUUGUUUUGAUCGGUGUCAAUCCGACCUCAUUAGGUUUGGCAGCAGUCGCCUCCAAUUGCCAUAAGCUGGAAAGGUUGGCGCUCUGCGGCAGUGGCUCCAUAGGCGACGCAGAAAUCGCCUGCAUUGCUGCAAAAUGCGUGGCGCUCAAGAAGCUCUGUAUCAAGGGAUGCCCGAUUUCGGAUGUCGGGAUCGAAUCUCUCGCUUGGGGUUGCCCGAAUUUGGCCAAGAUUAAGGUCAAGAAGUGCAGGGGAGUGAGUGGCGGGAUUGCGGAUUGGCUUCGUGAACGCAGGGAAUCGUUGAUUGUGAAUUGGGAUGAUGGUGAAGUUGAGCGCUUGGAUGGUAAUGGUUUGGAUAUCAACGGCUGCGGUGGAAGGGUAGGUGAAGGGUACACGGGAGAGGUAGGUGGACGCGAGAAUAGGGUGGGAUUUCCAGAUGGAAUAAUGGGGGAAGAUGCUUUGUUUGGAGCGCAAGAGAGAGAGCUGAAGUGGGGCCCAGAGUUUUGGAAAUUCGGUGUCUUCGACGCCUUCUGCGCUGAAGUCCUCUUGGGGAAGACUACGUCUGCCAGGGCCCACUCCGUUUUCGCCGGCGACGCCAAGCCUUCGCAACGAAACGACGGAGCGCCGGAGAAGACGACCGGGAAGAAAUCAGACGGAAACAGAGAAUUUUCUGAGAAGACGAAGACGAAGAUCAGAUCGGCGCUGGAGUUCGACGGACUCAACUGCUUCGAGACGUUCGUCUCGUAUUGA